GGAGAAAAAGAAUAAUAUUGGGAAGUUAACCUCUAAAAGCAAAGUUUGUUUAGCUGUUUUCAAUUUCCUCAAACACUCUUUGUGCUGCCGACAAUCCAUGGAGAUGAUCAGCUCCAAGCUCUUCUUCUUUUCGACGCUGUGUCUUCUCUACGCGUUUUCCCACGCCACCGAUAUUCACUAUUGCGAUAAGAAAGCUGAUUAUGAUGUUGAGGUCAAAGGAGUUCAAAUAUCUCCUGAUCCCAUCGCUAGAGGCCAGCCUGCCACAUUCAGCAUUGCUGCAACUACUGGUAAAGCAUUAUCUGGAGGGAAGCUUUUGAUUGAUGUGUCGUAUUUUGGAUGGCACAUACAUAGUGAGACUCAUGACCUUUGUGGAGAAACUUCUUGCCCUGUUUCAGUUGGUGAUUUUGUGAUUGCUCAUUCACAAAUUUUACCUGGAUUCACUCCACCUGGUUCAUACUCUUUGAAGAUGAAGAUGUAUGAUGGAAACAAGCACGAGUUAACCUGCAUUCAAUUUGGUUUUGAUAUUGGGUUUGGUUCCUCUGUGGCUGAUAGCUGAUUGAAAUCGGUGGUUGAAAUCUAUGAUCAGAAACAAAUCCAUAUAAAAUUAUUUGUACAAACUGCAAAGUAUCCUUAUAAUACUGAGAUCCUUGUUUUAUAAUUCAUCAUGAAUAGUAUGUAAGAAUCAGAACAUGUGUUGUACUUAAUGGGAUUAGAAAAGUCAAACUAUGCUUAUGUAUCUAUUUUUCUAUCUUUUGACUAUGCUCAGAAGGUGUGGACAAUUGUAAUGGUAUAUAUCUAUUUUGGCUAUGUUCUGAGGGUUGUUAUGUUGUGAAUUGUGAUGUAAUGAUAUAUUUCUUCACGCAUACAUUUAGGAUAAAAA